GUGUCAGGUCGUAUCUCUGACUUUGUCAAGGUUUUCUAGGACUUUUGUUUGUUUGCUUGUUUGUUUUUUGUACUACUGCAUUUGUAUUUUUUUUAUAUUCCUAGUAAAGAACUGUUAUUCCUAGUCCCAUAUUUUUGCCUGAAAGCUCCUAAUUGCAAAAUUGUAAUAAUUUGGAGGGAGGGUUUUUUUACAUUCUCGAUUCCAAGGGAAACUCCAGUUUUCCCUGACAGAUACCUGUCUUUCCAAACCAAGACAGAAUUUGGUGCCUAACGUGAGGCCUGAGGGCACUGAGGGAAAGGAAUAACAGUUUUGGGGUGCUUAGGUUUUUGUGUACUAGAUAUAGAGGCCUUGUUGGACAGCAUCGUGUGGUCUAGCUUACCUUGGUUUGGGUGACAUGUAGUUGUGGCUGUGUUCCUGCCAUUUGCAGGCCCUUAUCUAAACAUGGGACCUAUAACUAAGGCUACUGUGGCUGUUAUCCAGUUUAUUUUAUGGGUUAACAAGGUGAGGAAUUCAUGGAUUUUUAACUUCCUCUGGAAGGCAGGCACAUGGAUUCAGAGCUAUCACACCCCAACUGUGUGGUUUUGUGGUUACUUUUAACAAUGGUACCUACUGUAAGGAAAUGACACCGGGAGAAAUUUUUUCCCAACCCUUCACUCAGCUGUUUGGGUCUACUCCACCAGUUUUUGAAGGGUUUAAAUCUUCUCUAAAUGCUAAUGAUAUCAUACAAUGGCUGGUGUUGCUGGUAUGCCUGUUCUGUUUAGCAUUCAGAGAUAGGGGAGAUUGGCCUGGAUAACCACCCUGAUACCUACCCCAGAGAAUAAGGACACUGCCCCAGAGCCUGACCCUGCCCCACAGCCUACCUCGGAGAUAAACCAUGCGGACUGGGUGAACAAGAUACGUGAGAUGGGCCAGAUGCUGAGGGAGUACAUUUCCUCUGUGGUAGCCCCAUUAGCCCCAGCUGAUGGGAAACCCUCCCCCUGCCCUGACAAAGGAGACUCUGAUGGUGCAGCAGUGGAACCCACAGACGUUACAACUGUCCAGGUUCCAGAUGAACCACAGGGGCAGUCACAGCCAGCAGCAGUCGCCCCUGUGGAAACAAAGAAGUCUAAGGUGAAAUCGGCAAACCCAGGUAAUAAGGAUAAGAAAGGAGGGCCCUCACAACCUGCUGGGAAGCCUCAGGUUGGGAUCAUCACUGAGUCCAUGUCGUAUGAAAGUCUCCGUAAUCUGCAAAAAGAUAUUGCACGACGGGGAUGUGAGGCCUAUACAGCCUGGUCACUUUGGGUCUGGGACCUUAUGGGUACAGGUAUGCAACUGGAUGGUGGUGAGGCAAGGAAUUUGGGGCCCUUGACCCAAGACUCAGGUGUGAAUCAGGUAUUUGUAAGGGAGCAAGGACCCCUUUACCUUUGGGAGCGGCUUUUGAUGAGUGUAAGGGAGAGGUUUGUCCACAGAGAAAGAAUGCAGGAAUACCACCAUAGAAUGUGCUGGAAGACUCUUGAGGAAGGGAUCCAACAGCUGAGGGAAGUGGCGGUAUUGGAGGCACUUUUUGGGAGGAGCGGACAGCAGGAUAAUGACCCCGACAAGGUUAGGUGCACAGGGCAAAUGUUGUGGUAUCUGGCAACUCUAGGGCCAUCUCAAUAUGCCACCUUCAUUGGAACAAUUAUUGCUGAGGAGAACCGAGAGACAGUGGGUUCUGUAGCCACCAAGCUCAGAAAUUAUGAGAGCAUGAUCAGUGGUCCGAUGCAGGCUCAGGUCUCUGGCGUGGUUACAGAACUUAAGGAGGAGAUGAGGGAGAUGAGGGAGGAGAUGAGGAGGAACAGUCCCCACGUGGGACCGGUGCAAGUUACAGGCCCCAAAAUCACAGCCCAACGUCCCCCAGCUAGAGAGAGAGGGUACACCCCACGAGCUGACCUGUGUCUUUUUCUUCGUGACCAUGGGGAAGACAUGGGAGUGUGGCAUGGGAAACCCACUUCUGUCCUGGCAGCACGGGUGCGUGAGCUUCAGGAAAGAAACACUAACCGAGGGGGUUCCACUAGAAUGAAGGUAGCCUCAGCCUCCCAUGAAUAAGCCACCAGCUAUUACAGAAGUGAGGAUGCUGUGUCAGAUCCCCUUGAAGGAAGCUCUACUAUGUAUGCACAAGAAGAGAGUAGUAACCGGUGCUAGAGGGGCCCUGCCUCUAGCCAGGAAGAGGCACGGGAAAACCGAGUCUUUUGGACUGUGUGGAUCUGAUGGCCUGGCACAUCAGAGCCACAGAAAUAUGAAGCUUUGGUUGAUACUGGUGCGCAGUGUACCCUAAUGCCAUCCGGACAUGUGGGGACAGAACCUAUUUCCAUUGCCGGGGUGACGGGGGGAUCACAAGAAUUGACUCUGUUGGAAGCCGGGGUGAGCCUGACUGGGAAGGAGUGACAGAAACAUCCAAUUGCGACUGGCCCAAAGGCUCCAUGUGUUUUGGGCAUAGACUUUCUCAGGAAUGGCUACUACAAAGACCCUAAGGGAUUCAAGUGGGCUUUUGGGAUAGCUGCCAUGGAGGCAGAGUGCUACAUUCCCCUGGGGAAUGGUUUCUCCCCCCUCAGGGACCCCUAGAGCUUGUAACCAUGUAGUUUAACCCUUCCUCCACUUUGUGACCCUCUUGGCUGUGUCCAAUUACCCCUCCCUGGGAGAAGCCCAGAAAAGACCCUCUCCUUCGGCACUCGUCCUCUUUCCGCUCCGGUCACCACCUGGAAUAAACGUUUUGAACUACAGCUGGGGGUCAGAGGCUCUUUUGGAAUCUUUUGUCCUGUCCCUAUGAUAUUCCUCCAAAGCCCUCUAAGGACUGAGCUGGCCUUGGAACAUUGGAAGGGCUACAGCGGGAUUUAUUUCAGCAGAGGGCAUUAAGAAAUUGAACACCUUGCCUGGACUGUCAGAGAACCCAUCUGCAGUAGGACUCCUGAAGGUAGAAGAGCAACAAGUACCUGUUGCCACCUCGAUGGUGCACCGCCAGCAGUAUCGGACGAAUCCAGAUGCCGUAAUCCCCAUCCACAAGAUGAUCCAAGAGCUGGAGAGCCAAGGAGUGGUCGGCAAAACCCACUCACCCUUCAACAGCCCUAUUUGGCCUGUGCACCAGUCUGAUGGAGAAUGGAGACUGACUGUGGACUAUCGUGCCUUGAAUGAAGUGACUCCACCGCUGAGCACUGCUGUGCCGGACAUGCUGGAACUCCAGUAUGAGCUGGAGUCUAAGGCAGCGAAGUGGUACGUCACAACUGACAUCGCUAAUGCAUUUUUCUCUAUUGCUCUAGCUGCAGAAUGCAGGCCUCAGUUCGCUUUCACCUGGAUGGGCGUGCAGUACACCUGGAACCGACUGCCCUUGACUGAUCCAGGCUGCACUGGAAAAGGGUGAGGCCCCUGAACAUCUACAGUACAUUGAUGACAUCAUUGUGUGGGGGAACACGGCAAGGGAAGUGUUUGACAAAGGAGACAAGAUCAUCCAGAUUCUCCUGGAAGCUGGUUUUGCCAUCAAGAAGAGCAAAGUCAAGGGACCUGCCAAGGAGAUCCAGUUCCUGUGAAUAAAGUGGCAAGAUGGGCGACAUCAGAUUCCCACUGAGGUCAUCAAUAAGAUCACUGCGAUGUCUCCACCGACCAGCAAGAAGGAAACACAAGCUUUCCUAGGUGCCAUAGGCUUUUGGAGAAUGCACAUUCCUGAGUACAGCCAGAUUGUGUGCCCUCUACCUGGUUACCCGCAAGAAGAACGAUUUCCACUGGGGCCCUGCACAGCAGCAAGCCUUUGCCCAAAUCAAUCAGGAGAUCACUCAUGCAGUAGCCCUUAGCCCAGUCAGGACAGGACCAGAGGUGAAGAACAUGCUCUACUCUGCAGCCGGGAACCACAGUCUGUCCUGGAGCCCUUGGCAGAAGGUGGCUGGUGAGACUCGAGGCCAGCCACUGGGAUUCUGGAGCCGAAGUUACAGAGGGUCUGAAGCCAACUACACUCCAACAGAGAAGGAAAUCUUGACUGCCUAUGAAGGAGUUCAAGCCACCUUGGAGGUGAUUGGCACAGAAGGACAACUCCUGGCAACCUGACUACCGGUGCUGAGGUGGGUGUUCAAAGGAAAGGUUCCCUCUACCCACCACGCCACAGACGCCACAUGGAGCAAGUGGAUUGCCCUCAUCACUCAGCGCGCCCGUACUGGAAACCCGAAUCGCCCUGGGAUUUUGGAAGUAAUUACCAACUGGCUGGAAGGUGAAAACUUUGAUCUCACCGAUGAAGAGGAACAAGAGCAAGUGACACGUGCCGAAGAAACUCCACCAUAUAAUCAGCUGCCAACAGAAGAAACACGCUAUGCUCUUUUCACUGAUGGUUCCUGUCGCAUCGUAGGGGUGAACUGGAAGUGGAAAGCAGCCGUAUGGAACCCCACACGACAGGUUGCACAAGCCACUGAAGGAGAAAGUGGAUCAAGUCAACUUGUGGAACUCAAGGCUAUUCAGCUGGGCCUGGACAUUGCUGAAAGAGAGAAGUAGCCAAAGCUCUACCUCUACACUGAUUCAUGGAUGGUAGCCAAUGCUCUGUGGGGUUGGCUAGAAAGGUGGAAAAAGGCCAACUGGAAGCAUAGAAGAAAACCAAUCUGGGCUGCUGAUGAGGGGAAAGACAUUGCCACUUGGGUAGAGAAGCUGCCUGUAAAAGUCUGCCAUGUAGAUGCCCAUGUCCCCAAGAGUUGGGCUAAUGAGGAGCACCAAAACAACGAGCAAGUAGAUCAAGCUGUGAAGAUAGAAGUGUCAAAGAUAGACCUAGAUUGGCAACAUAAGGGAGAGUUGUUCCUAGCUCGAUGGGCCCAUGAUGCCUCAGGUCAUCAGGGCAUAGAUGCCACCGAUAAGGGGGCAUGAGACCGAGGGGUGGAUCUAACCAUGGACAGCAUUUCUCAAGUUAUCCAUGACUGUGAGAUGUGUGCUGCAAUCAAGCAGGCCAAGCAAGUGAAGCCCCUAUGGUAUGGUGGGCGGUGGUCCAAAUAUAGGUAUGGGGAAGCCUGGCAAAUUGACUACAUCACCCUUCCCCAAACCUGCCAAGGCAAGCGCUACGUACUGACCAUGGUGGAAGCCACCACUGGAUGGCUGGACACCUACCCUGUGCCUCAUGCUACUGCCUGGAACACCACCCUGGGCCUGGAAAAGCAAGUCCUGUGGAGACAUGACACCCCUGAGAGAAUCAAGUCAGUUAAUGGGACCCAUUUCAAGAACAGCCUUAUAAACACCUGGGCCAGAGAACAUGACAUUGAAUGGAUAUAUCACAUCCCUUAUCAUGCACCAGCUGCUGGAAAAGUUGAACGAUGCAAUGGACUGCUUAAGACUACCCUGAAGGCACUUGGCAGAGGGACCUUCAAAAAUUGGGAAGUGAACUUAGCAAAAGCCACCUGGAUGGUCAACACCCGAGGCUCCAUCAGUUGAGCUGGUCCGGCCCAGUCUGAACCCUUGCACAUGGUGGAUGGAGUUGGGAGAUAUUGUUCUUCUCUUCCACUCAUCUUCCUCCGAGGGACAUCACCUGUGAAUGGGCCAUUUAAGGCCUCUCACAUGAUUGACAACAUUACUUCAGUCCAUUGUGAGAUGCCCCACUCAGUAGGAGAAGCCAAAGCCUUUCCACCACCAUAAAACCUGCAAUCCCAAACACUAAUGCAGCCGGUUUUCCACUGAAUCCUUGGAGGAAGACUGGACCCAUCUCACCAGCACUAGACCCUUUUUUUUUUCUACAGGAUCAUCUCCACAGAACAUCUUUUACUCGGGGAGGCUCAUUUUGGCUGCUUCCAACACCCUGACCACAGGGUGUCAGGUCGUAUCUCUGACUUUGUCAAGGUUUUCUAGGACUUUUGUUUGUUUGCUUGUUUGUUUUUUGUACUACUGCAUUUGUAUUUUUUUUAUAUUCCUAGUAAAGAACUGUUAUUCCUAGUCCCAUAUUUUUGCCUGAAAGCUCCUAAUUGCAAAAUUGUAAUAAUUUGGAGGGAGGGUUUUUUUACAUUCUCGAUUCCAAGGGAAACUCCAGUUUUCCCUGAGAGAUACCUGUCUUUCCAAACCAAGACACAUGUGAACUUGGAAAGCACCAUGCUAAGAAAAAUAGCAAGACAAGCCAUGACAAGGGCACAGCAGCAGGGGUUGGCGUGUGUGCCUCAUCCCUUCAUUUAGUUAGUGACUGAUGCCAAAUGUGGACCUGUGACAUUGCUCCAGAUAGUGGUCAGGAGCUUCUCAUCUGCUUUGUAGCCCAGUCUGUUCCAUGACAGCUCUUGUCCAUUGCAUCCC